ACCUUUAUCCAUAAACUAAUCUAAACAGAAAUUGGGCAAGCUUGACUGAUUUAUUUUUGUUAUUCUUGCUCUGUAUUCACAAAUUUCUAUAGUUAUUGAAGGAAAAGGAAAGAAAAAGGCUUCAAAAUUUCUUUGCUCAGGGCUCUAAGAAGAAUCAUGGACGACAACGGGAAUGAAGAUGGGGAAGAGAAUAUGGGUGGACCGGGCGGGAACGGGGGAGAGGGCGACGGCGACGGUGCGGGGGACGAGUCUGGGGAGCCACAGCAUACCGACUCUGACGACGAAGAGGAAGAACAGUUCGAUAUAUCACUUGCUGCUUCACACUCGUACAUGGGCGGGCGGCUGGUGCCGGUGCGCGGGCGCGUGGUGCUGGAGGCGGGCUGGCAGGGCCGCGUGCCGGUGUGCGCCCACCACGGCGCCGUGUUCCCGGGCGAGACCGUGCCCAUGCUGCUGCCGCACGCGCACGACGCCGCGCUGCUGGCGCGCGCCAUCACGCACGACAAGCUCUUCGGGCUGCUUUGCCCUGACGAGAGCGGCACGAUGGUGUCGGGCUACGGCGUGCUGUGCGAGGUGUUCGAGGCGGCGCUGGGCGAGGGCUCGCCGCCCACCUCGCUGAGCUUCAAGGCGCGCGCCUGCCACCGCUUCCGCUUCGUCGACAUGCCCGACCACGGCGUACCCAUGCACCUCUACGCCAGGAUGCGGUUCGUGGAGGUACGCGUGCUGCCGGAGAUCCAGCUCGGGGACCCACUGCGGCCCUCGCGCCUCGCCAGCCUCGACCCGCAUCGCCGCGCGCGCACGCCGCUGGACCGGCGGCUGCGCGGCAUGGACGCGGCGGUGACGGGCUGGCCGCUGUUCGUGUACGACAUCUUCGACUACAGCCGCAUGCGCACGCUCAUACAGGGCUACUUCACGACGCUCACGCUCGACGACAAGCUGCCGUCGGAGCCGGUGUCGCUGUCGUUCUGGGUGGCGCGCAACCUGGCGCUGUCGCCGCGGGACGGGCUGGCGCUGUUCGUGGUGGACAACGCGCUGCUGCGCCUGCACAUGGAGGUGCGCGACAUCAGCCGGAAAAACGUGUUAUGUUGCGUGUCGUGCGCAGCGGAAAUCGCGCGACGGGAACAUAUCUUGGCUAUGUCCAGCGAAGGAGUGCAUUCUAACUACACAAAUUUAGGCGGCUACAUGCACGACAUCGUGACGGUGUCGCGCGCGGCCAACACGGAGCUGACGGGCACGGCGUCGGCCGAGUACUCGUGGUUCCCCGGGUACACGUGGACCAUCGCCGUCUGCGCCGCCUGCAUGGCGCACGUGGGCUGGAGGUUCGACGCGCAGAAGCGCAGCCUGCGGCCGCAGCAGUUCUACGGGCUGUGCCGCAACUACGUGUGCCCGCGCGCCGCCGACGCCGCGCCGCUGCCGCCGCUGGCGCCCUACGCGCUGCCCGGGCGCCGCCCCGCGCCCGCCGCCGCCGCCGCCCCCGCCGCCGACAUUCUGUAACCCGUUCCUGUCCGCGACUGUGGCCGGUGGCACGAGCGAGCUUUGCUGGGCCCCAAACUCCGACAGCGGCUGUACGAGAUAGUCUUCGAACGACAAUUUUUUAUACAAAAUUGCCAAGAAAUGCUGGUAUAGUUUAUUCAAUACGACUGCUUCUUUCCUCCCUCGAUAGAAUAAUUUACUGUUUCAUGUCCGCGAUCAACAUAAUGCUAAAUAUAAAAUUUGCUAUUAAAGAUUAUUUUCUCUAGUUUCCACAGUGGAUAUGGAAUAAACUACUAAGUACAUAAAUAUACCGAAUAUUAAAUAUAUAAAUAAAGCAACCAGUUCACAUAAGCCGAUGGUCCAAUACUUUUUUAGAUUUUUCAUUAAAAACAGAAAAUGCUAACUGGACCAACUGCGAAUUUACUGAAUUGUAAAUUGAGUUAAAUGCGAAUUGAACCAAUCGCGGCGAGACAGGAUUCCAAUUAUUGAUCACACGUCACAGUAAUUUAGUCUGUCGAUUUACCUCUCACGAGAACUAUUCGGGGAUCGCAAUGAACAAACUUUUACCUUUUUUUAAUGAUUAAUGCCUCUUUGCGUAUUAUAACGAACUGGUCGAAAGCAAAAGAGAAAAUUCAAAAUAAAGAUAAGUACACCAUUAGUAAUAAAUUUUAUCGGCAUAUUAUCAUUAUAAUAAAAUUUUAAAUAUUAUCCGCGCCUGUUCCGUUAUAAUACGAAUAAGCAAUAUUAAUAUAACACUGUGUAAAAUAUUUUUCACUGUUUAAGUAUCAUAUUUUUUAUAUUGCUUAACACAUUGACAUAUUUAAAUUCUUUUAGCAAUAUUACCUGUGUGUGUUGUUAUGAAGUCGCACUUCUCUUUUUUGAUCUAUAAAUCUAAUGAUGGGGUUGUAAAUAAAGGGAUAUUGUUUCGUUGAAGUCAAAAAUAUGAAUAGAAAUGUGUAGCGAGCCAUUGCUUGCGACGUGACUGAAUAUAUGAAGUAUAAGGUUGCACAUGGAGACAUGAGCGAUGUAGCGACAGAGUGUUGGUAACUAGUGUAUCAUACUGCAGUUGUACUAAUUUGUAGGUAAAUUAAAUAUAUCAAUAUGAUUGUUCA